UUGUUGCUGGCUUGUCCUGCAUCGUACACAGCAACACGACCACCACACUCAGUUCCAAACAUGUCGACACCGCGCCUCACAUUCCUUUACCCGUUCUUGUUUGCCCCGGUCACCAAGGCACCCUUUUCCCGCGAAGUGUCAAGGACAGGACGACAAGUGUUUCGUACGGCGUCGAGGAGGAGUCAGACGGCUGCGAAACCCAUACGCUAUGGCAAGGCUAACGAACCGCCGCCGUAUCUCGCUGGAGCCAAGGGCAUCGCUGCAACACUACCUGGAGAUGUAGCGCCUACAGACGCGAAAGCUUUGCCUCAGCCCACCAAGAAGGACAUCGACACCGCGACACCGAAUGAUAAGUCCAACGGACUUGCACCGGGAGAAAAGCCUUUGCGUGCGACGAGGCUGCCGGAGUCACCUGUCUUGGAUGCUGCAGAGUCGCAACCGCCCGGGCCGCCCACACCUGCGCCACGCCUACCGCAUUCCAAACCCUUGGACACAGUACUCAACAUGCCAUCCAGCGAUUCCUCACGCCCUUCCACCUCAUCAUCACCACCACAGAAAGACACGGAACCCCUCACAGACCUCCAAAAGAUCCGCAAACAAAUCGAAGAAGAAGCAGCAAAUCGACCCCGACCCCCCCACAUCGACGCCCCAGACUACGUCCACCACUUCGACACUUACGGCCUCGUGAAACGCCUCGAAGACGGCGGAUGGUCCCAAGCCCAAGCAAUAACAAUCAUGAAAGCCACCCGCACAACUCUCUCGGAAAACAUUGAUCUCGCCAGAAACGCGCUUGUCAGCAAAAGCAAUGUGGAAAAUGAAGCCUAUCUCUUCCGCGCCGCUUGUUCAGAGCUACACACGGAAAUCAUGACGAAACGCCGCGCUGAAGCUGAAAGAGCACGUACAGAACGCACACGUCUCGAACAUGAGGUCGAUAUAUUAUCCCAACGCAUGACCCAAGAUUCGGGAAACAUGAAAGACGAACUCAAGGGAAUGUUUGACGAUCGUAAAAUGGGGGUCCAGAAUGAACAACGCGAUAUCGAGCGUAAAAUUCAAGAAUUGAAUUAUAGAAUUACUGUCUUGUUGAAUUCUGACAGCAGAUCAGAUGUCGAGGGUGUGAGGUGGAUUAUUACGAAACGUGCUGGAGUGGCACUGUUGACUUGUGUGCUCAUGAUCUUGGCAUCUAUCAAGUUUGCGAGUACGGCGGCCAUGUGGGCGGAAGAGGAAAAGAAAAGAGCUGCUGUUGUUGCUGCUAGCAACAAUAAUAACUCUCCCUUUGGCGGCAACAACAAUCCCUUUGGCGGAAACAAUGGUAAUAUUGGUGGUGCUGGAAACAACGACUUCCUCAACAAUGGCACCAUGAAUGACCGGGCUAGGGAAGAGCUAGGUCAAGGAGAGAUUUUGGUACGACAGGGUGAUAAUCCUGCGUUUGUUUCUUUGGGGUAAGAGAAGAAAAAAGGCAGAGCAUGUAGGAUGUUCUCUCUCUCUCUCUCUCUCUUUCUCUAUUCUCACAAGUUCUCAGGGGUCUAUGAUUGAAAUCUUCUUGUGCUUUGGUUCUUCGAGGACCAACAACGAGAGAGAGCAUGAGAAUGAUCGUGGUUUCUCUUUGAAAUUUUUUCCUUUGUCGAUUUUUUCUUCUCUUCACUUUUUACUUUCUUUUGUCUGUUUGUCUUCGGUGAAUUCAGAGGCUUUAGGACCUGGUCUUCUUAUCGGUCAUAUAGAGAUUUAGAUCGGAAGCACGGCGAGAAGAAGAGCUCAUUUUUAUAUUUUUUCUCCGAAACAAUACACGCAGCCCUCGAGCUG